GUUCGUUCUCACAGUGUCCGGUACAAACGGUUCUUCUACACACUCCCUGUCUUACAAAACUAGGCCAUUUCGGAUCUAGGAGUCUAUCUGUUCUAUAAGAAAUGGGGCGAAUUUUGUUUCUCGUCUUGCUGUGUCUGAGCUCCACCCACUGUGGUCAAUCUAACGACCCACAUGCGGAAGACGGCCGUGACGUAAAGAACCAUGACGUACACGUUCGUGACGUUGACCCGCCACUCAUCAUCAUCAGCGAAGUCAAUGCCGCCAACCCCUCAUCUGACAACGACCAAGAGUUCAUCGAGCUCUACAACACCGAGAAUCGCGCCAUCUUGUUGGAGGGUUACGUCAUCGUCCUGUACGACGGCAGUGUCCUCCAGCGGGCAUAUGACGUCAUAGACCUGAGCCAGCACGCCAUCCAGCCGCACGGGUACUUCGUCAUCGGCUCGUCCAACGUUACGCCACGACCGAACCUUGUUCUGGAGAAGGGGCGGGACAUCUUGCAGAACGGCCCGGACGCCGUAGCCCUGUACUAUGGUACACCCUCCGCGUACACGAAGCGAAUGCCGCCAACAAGAGAGAGUCUCAUGGACGUGGUCGUGUACACCAAGCACGCCAACAUAAACAACGGCCCGCUGAUCACCGCGCUGGUACCCGGUCAGUUAGAGGUCCUGGAGAGCGGUAUCGUGGACGUAUCCGUCAGCAGAUGUGGCGGGAUGACCCCCCUCACCCUGUCCCUGUUCAGGGCCACCUAUCCUUCUCCUGGUACUGCCAACGAUUGCCGCGCACCACCCAAACCAAACGUCGUCAUUAACGAAGUUAAUGCCGAUAAUCCUUCAUAUGAUACGAAAGAAUUUAUUGAACUGUAUAACCCUGGUGAUGAAGACAUCCCCCUAGACGCCGUUUAUCUGAUCUUUUACGAUGGGGAUAAAAACUGGGCCUCGCAAGUCGUGGACUUGACCGGUAGACAGAUCACAGCUAAAGGUUAUUUUGUCGUAGGCUCCGGUGACCUCGUCCCUCGUCCUGACUACGUCUUCCCGAGACAGAACAUCGUGGGCAACCGUGAGGACGGCAUCGCGCUGUACUACAGCCCGGACUCACGGCUGUACGAACUGAUGGAGGUCACAGCUGACAACCUGCUGGACGCGGUGGUGUACUCCACAGGCUCGUGGGACGGCACCAACACCGUCCUGCAGACCCUGACUCCGGGGCAGCAAGCUUUACACGAGGACGCUAACGCAAACCCAGGCGACGUAGACGAGUCUCUGAGCCGAUGUAAGGGUCUUGGAACCCGCAGCUCGUCACAGUUCGUCGUCUCCUACCCCACACCUGGCAGUAGGAACAACUGCUCAGUCAACGCGCCUAAGGUCGUCAUCAACGAAUUCGGCGCCAACAACCCUUCUUCUGCCAAGGAGUUUGUCGAGUUGUACAACCCAGAAGAAAAGGUGGUUACUCUAGACUCCGUCUUCAUAGUCUUCUACAACGGUGAAAACAACAUGGCGCACAUCGCAGUUGAUCUAAGCGGGUACACCAUCCGUGCUAACGGUUACUUCAUCAUUGCACCUGACAACCCAACCGUUAUCCCAGACCACAAACUUGACAAGUAUGAAGACGUUAUCUUGAGUGGGGAGGGGGGCAUUGGCCUUUACUACGAUCCAGGCGGCUCGUACUUUGUCGGAAUGCCUCUAACGUUUAACUACCUGAUAGACGGAAUAGUGUAUUCCCCGAAAAAUUGGAAAGGCAGCGACGAGGUGUUGAAAACGCUGAUGCCGGGUACUGACCCCCUGUAUGACGACACUACCGCAGCUCAACGGGACAUUGUCCUGUCUCUGGGCCGGUGUGGCGGGAACGGGCCGAUAGAGUUUGACCAAUGGAACAGUAAACUGGUAAAAUCCAGCCCAGGCGAACCAAACAUGUGCGACAACUACACGCCAAAUAAGCCAAACGUGCCGGGCCCACAGAUGAGCACUCAAGGUAAAUCGAAUGGCGGUACUGUGGCGGCCAUCGUGAUCGUAGUGGGGGUUGUCCUGGCUGUUGGGGCUAUUGGUGGCUUCUUCCUAUACCGUCGGUGGAGGAUGGGCUCGUCCAGAGGUGAUGACGUCUUCUCCCUGGCCUACAGCGCCGUGACGAACAAAAACACCAAACCUCAGGAACAGGAGGGCCUGGAGUUAUAGGGAAACGAUUAUCCUCAUCUAUCAUUUUACAAACUGCUAAGAAAUGUUAGUGAUAGGUAACGAUAGUUCACCUUUAUCCGCAGGGUAACCUAUAUCCGUUGUGUUGCUAAACAGGGAUAUCCAGUCGAU